UGCAUUUCGCAAGCGCUGCCGCCUCGCCCCACGCAAAUCUCGCGGCGCGAGGGUAGGACGGAGGCCGCAGGCUCGGCUGGAGGUAGAACCCGCGGCCACGCGAGCGGACGCGGUUCUCCAGAGACCUCGCGAGAGGGACGAGGCCCCGCGCAACGGCCGUUGCGAGCGCGGUGGCCGCAGGCCGGGCCUGUGCUGGACGGAGCCCGCGGGUGCUGGACGGAGCCCGCGGGUGCGUCCUGCGCCUUCCCCGGGUCCGAGGCCGCGCGCGGAGAAGACGAGCCGCAAGCCCGCGCAGGGAGUCCUAAGGCGAGCCCGCUGGGCCCGGCCGCUCCCUAGGCCACGCCCCGGCUUGGGAAGAUGGAGGAGGACCGGCGGUCCAGCACAUCCUCCCAGGGCCUGCUCCCCGAUGGCCACUUGGUCCUGUGGACGCUGUGCUCCGUGCUGCUGCCGGUAUUCAUCACCUUCUGGUGCAGCCUGCAGCGGUCGCGCCGGCAGCUGCACCUCAGGGACAUCUUCCGCAAGAGCAAGCACGGCUGGCGCGACACGGACCUGUUCAGCCACCCCACCUACUGCUGCGUGUGCGGGCAGCACAUCCUGCAGGGAGCCUUCUGUGACUGCUGCGGGCUCCGCGUGGACGAGGGCUGCCUCAAGAAGGCCGACCAGCGCUUCCCAUGCAAGGAGAUCGUGUUCAAGAGCGACUGCAGGGCCGCAGAUGACAUGCCCCACCACUGGAUCCGCGGCAACGUGCCUCUGUGCUCCUACUGUGUCGUCUGCAGGCUGCAGUGUGGCAGCCAGCCUAAGCUCUGCGAUUACAGGUGCGUUUGGUGCCAGAAAACAGUCCAUGAUGAGUGCCUGAAAAGUAACUUAAGGAAUGAAAAGUGUGAUUUUGGAGAAUUCAGAAAUCUCAUCAUCCCACCAGGUUAUUUAACUUCCAUUAACCAGAUGCGUAAAGACAAAAAAACAAAUUAUGAAGCGCUAGCUUCUAAGUUUGGAAAGCAGUGGACCCCAUUAAUAAUCCUGGCCAACUCACGGAGUGGAACUAACAUGGGAGAAGGACUGCUGGGAGAGUUUAGGAUCCUGUUAAAUCCAGUCCAGGUGUUUGAUGUGACCAAAACUCCCCCAGUCAAAGCCCUGCAGCUGUGCACUCUUCUUCCUUACUACUCAGUUCGAGUACUUGUCUGUGGAGGGGACGGGACUGUGGGCUGGGUCCUUGAUGCAGUUGAUGAGAUGAAGAUUAAGGGACAAGAAAAAUACAUUCCACAGGUUGCAGUCUUACCACUGGGAACAGGCAAUGAUCUGUCCAACACCCUGGGCUGGGGUACAGGCUAUGCUGGAGAGAUCCCAGUUGCACAGGUCUUAAGAAAUGUGAUGGAAGCAGAUGGAGUCAAGCUAGACAGAUGGAAAGUGCAGGUAACAAAUAAAGGAUACUACAAUUUAAGAAAACCCAAGGAGUUCACAAUGAACAACUACUUCUCUAUUGGACCUGAUGCCCUCAUGGCUCUCAAUUUCCACGCUCACCGUGAGAAGGCGCCGUCUCUGUUUUCCAGCAGAAUCCUUAACAAGGCUGUUUAUUUAUUCUAUGGAACUAAAGAUUGUUUAGUGCAAGAGUGUAAAGACUUGAAUAAAAGAAUUGAGCUAGAACUGGAUGGUGAGCGAGUCGAACUGCCCAACUUAGAAGGUAUUAUUGUUCUGAACAUUGGCUACUGGGGCGGUGGCUGCAGACUGUGGGAAGGAAUGGGUGAUGAGACUUACCCUCUAGCCAGACAUGAUGAUGGCUUGCUGGAAGUCGUUGGAGUGUAUGGGUCUUUCCACUGUGCUCAAAUCCAGGUGAAACUGGCAAACCCUUUUCGAAUAGGACAAGCACAUACAGUGAGGCUGAUUUUGAAGUGCUCCAUGAUGCCCAUGCAGGUGGAUGGGGAGCCGUGGGCCCAAGGACCCUGUACCGUCACCAUAACACACAAGACGCACGCACUGAUGCUUUACUUCUCUGGAGAGCAGACAGAUGAUGAUGCUUCCAGUCCUUCGGAUCAAGAGGACCUAAAGGAGGCUGAGUAGAAGGGUAGAAUGGAACGGGAUCUGCCCAGACCAGUAGAGACACGGUCAUCCACAGGAAGGACUGUUGGCGCUCCAGUCUCCAUUUCAUUCCUGAUGUAUGUGAGCGGAGUCAACAGCAUUUCCACAGCUAGGCUUUGGUAUCACAAACACAUACUCUUUUAUCAGCAAGGCACUCUGGUCAGUUAUCAGAACUGAAAGAAACAAAGUUCCAUGGAGAGGAAACACCCUCCUGGCUGGAUGUUUUCAGACUGGAGCUCACCCUGCAGUGUGCAUUGUCUUGAUGGACAGGAUGUGGAUGUUUUUGAUAUGGUGACGACAACAUAACAUGUUAAAAAUUAACUUGCCUUUUGGACUGUUGUGGUUAACACUGGGCUUGCUCCUGCCAUGUGUUUUCUAAGAUUCCCUACACCCCAAACCACAUGGACUCUGCAUCCUGACUUCUAGGAGCACCUGAGGAGAAAAGUGAAAGAGAGUCGGUACUUAGAAUUUUCACAGUAGUAUAUUUUCUGUCAUUUUUUAGGCCUUCAGGUAUUUAAUGAUCAUAUUGAGCUGAAAUGCAAAUUUUUGGGUUUUGUGAGGUUUUUGUGUUGUUUGCUUGAGCAAUACUAGGGGUUGAAUCUAGGUCCUCUGGAAGUCUAGAUGAUUGCUCUACCACUCUACCAUUGAACUACACUCCCCGUGCUGGUUAUAUAUUCAUAUAUAUAUAUACAUAUAUAUAUAUAUAUAUGUAUAUAUAAUAUAUGUAAUCAAAUAGGGAUUGGUGUAAAGUUUAGAGAAUUUUUUAAUUAGAACCUCUAUAAUUCCCAGCUUCUCUUUAGACUAAAAGUAGUGUUGGCAGUGGGGGGGAAAAUACACAUAAUGGAAGUUUCUGAGUCAGAUUAAUUACUCAAAAAAAAAAAAAAAACAAAACAAAACCAGGCUGCCUGCCUUCCCGUUGAGUGGUCUUGUGUUGUGAAACACUGCAGGACCCUUGACAGCAUCACCCUCGGAGAGGGAAGCGCUGCUGAGAGAUUUGUAUCAUAUUUAUUUCAAAGAGAGAAAGAUAUAUAUUUUUAACUUAAUUUAUUAUUUACCUUGUAGCAUGAUGCUCGUGUUUAGCGUUUACAUUGUUUUGUACAGCUUUAUUUAGUGAGGUGGUCACAUAGAUCUGCUGGUCACAGUCACAUAGAACUCUCUUGGUUCCCAUGGCAUAUAUACUCAUCUUUGCUCAUUCCUCAGACUUUAAAAGGGAGGGCACAUGAUGAAGAACUUGGGGUUUCAAAGCGCCUACACCUCCAUCUUCCGUUGCCGAGUACUUACUGAAGGCAGUUCCAUGGCUGUCCGUUAGAGGGUGCUCUUCUGCUGUUGUCAGCGGCCUGCCUCUGCAGUGAGCUGUACCAGUGGGCAUCUGGCUUGGUGUGUUUCUGACAAACAACAUGUUUUCACUUGGUAGUCUUGUGUGAAUUAACUUCUGAAAGACUAGAAUCUAUUCCCCAAACCACCAUUUAUCUCCUUUUUAAUGGUUUAUUAUGGAUCUACAGUUGGUGAAUUGCCAUAAAUGUCAAUUUGAGUCACCUCAGGCCAAGACCAUGUUUUGGAAAGGACAACUUAGUAAUAUGUAUUAGUGAGUGCAUUAUCUAAAGUAACUUUACACUGCUAAAUGAACUUCUUCUGCCUGUCCCUUUAUGGUAGCAAAUUCUACCACUGAAGGUGUUCCACAGGUUUGUCCCAGCCUACUCACACAGCUUCACUCUGAUCACUGCAGCCGAGGGCAGGCCGGGGUUUGCAGCUUUUCCCUUGUGACCUGAUCCUGUUCGGAGUAUCAUGAAAUUCAGCCUUAGACCCAGGGUCGGUGUGUUAGUUAUCCUCUGAGGCGCAGAUCAUUAAUUCCAGGCUGUCAAUCAGAAGAGUUGGGGUAACUGUAUAGUUGGGAGAACAGGCCGUGUCCCCUUCCCACACACACCAUGUUCUUCACUCAGAUUCCUUCUGUAACUUUGAUAAUACCGUGUCACAAAGCAUACCAGUAUUUUGUGUUUACCACAGCUCACGCUUUCAGGCACCAGGUUACCCAGCAUUCCAGAUACAUGUACAGGCACAGGCCUUGUUUGAAUACAAUUUGUAAGACUUGGUAUUUUCAAGUUAUAUAUUCAGUGGUGAGAAUGUCUCACCAGAGCUCUAUACUUCACACACUGGUUCACCGUGAGACCCCUCUGCUCUGUUUAAAGUUGUCUCCAUAGCAACAUAACUUACACAUUCUCGGGGAAAAACUUUAAACUAUCUCUUUAUCUAUUUUCACAUCUUUUUCUUCCCUAACACAUUCCUCAGACCUCAUGAACUUAGCGGCUUAACCUCCAAAUACCAGGCAGCUUCUCUCGGUUCUUAGGCAUCUGUUCUACUAGUCAGAGGCAUUUCUGUCUAGAAUACACGUUGCCCUGUAGUGCAGUAACUGAGUUGAAAUGUUUUCCAUUUUCUGUAACUCUUUAGCUGUGAGCCUGUAAUGUAACUGAUAUUUAUAAAAAUUUUAUAGUGAAAACUAUGUAUUUUAUUUUUUUAGAGUUUGAAAAUCUGUCGUACUUGCCUUUUGGACAUUUGUGUAUCUGGUUGUAACAUAGACUGACGCAGAAAAGUCCUUUUUGUGCUGUAAACGUAGCAUGUCAGAAAGAUCAAUUUUCAUCUGUAAUAUAAAGUAAAAUAUUUCUAGUGUACACUGUGGGAUUUUUCAUUUGCACUAGCUAGAAAACUUGAAAGGUCACGUUAGUUUGCACACUGUGCAGAUCUAAAUGCAUAAUCUGAUCAGAAAGGCCACUAGAAUAGGUAUAAUUUAUACUGUUGUUCAAAAUGAAAGUAUUGAAGCAAGAAACCAGCACUUUAUAUUUAGAAAUGUGAUGGGUGGGAUGGGGUUGUUAAUUUGGUUGCUGUGGCUUUCUUUAACUUCUGAACAGUUUGGGACAGGGAGUGUUAAGUAGAUUUGUUUGUUUGUUUGUGUGAGAUAAGGUUUCUCUGUGUAGCCUUGGCUGUCCUGGGAUGCUUUUUAGACUCACAGAGAUCCGCCUUCCUCAGCCUCUCCAGUGCUGGGAUGAAAGGCCAUGCCCAACUAUUAGGAUUAUAAAUUCUAAAUAUAUAUACAUAUAUAUUUAGAAAUUUUUUUUUUUUUUACUCUAGAAAUUUUAAAAAAAAAUAGUUUUGUUAGUUCACCCCAGUCCUUAUGAAGUCCCAUGCCCAGCAGUAGCACAGGCUCUGGCUUUGGCUCACCUUUACAAAGCCUGUCCUGUGUUUCUAGAACCCUCAGACCUAGCCCUGCAUCUCAGGUAUUCAUCCAAGCCAGGAGGCCAGGCGUGUGGUUGACGGGUGAAUUCCUGAGCCGGGUUGUAGGAUCGAGGAGCCCCCUUUGUUUUAAACAAUGCUCUUGUUUGUAUUAAGUUGGCAGUAUAUGCUGUUAUAAUCCCUGCACCUAGAGGCCAAGUUCAAGGCCAGCCUUGCUAUAUGUAAGGACCUUAUCUCAAAAAAGUUUACAUCCUAACCUAAUUGGUGACCUAACUACUAAAGAAACUAUAGUUCCUGGUGUAAAUGCAGUCUUUAGACUGCUGUGUGGACUCUUGGAGGACUGGGAGUAGAGCCGGUAGAGCAGAGUGAGCAGGUGAGCGGGUGACUCUUCAGUCCGUGCAGCACAGCAGACUGCGCUGAACCUGCACCGCACUGAGCCAUACCCAGUGACAGGUGAGACCAGUAGGUCGUGUCCCCACUACUUAAAACAUGAUUCUCAGUUGAGCAUGAUAGCGGUGGCUGCAAUCUCAGGAAGGGGCAGGAGGAUCUCUGAGUUCAAGGCCAGCCAGCCAAGGCUACAUAAACCCUGUCUCAAAGGAACAAGGUUUUUAUGUGUAGGGGUGUUUGGUCUGCAUGUGUCUACACCGUGACAGUGCCCAGUGAGGCCAGGAGAGGGCGUGAGAUGAGCUACACUGUGAGCGCUGGGAGUUAAACUCAGGUCCUCUGGAGGAGCAGCCAGUGCCCUUCACUGCUGAGCCGUCUCUCCAGCCCCAAGAUUAUAUUUUUGUAAAAGGGAUUUGGAAAGUACUUUCUUUGAUGAUUUUGAUACAUGGUUGAUUUUCUAAUGAGUUUUUAAUGCAUUCAAAACUGUGUUUUUUCUGGAAAUGCUUUGUGUGUGUGUGUGUGUGGGGGUGUCUCAGUGCCAUUUGGAAUAUACUCAUUUGGCUAUCUCACAGCGUUCAGAGGAAUUUUUGUUGCAUAGUAAAAUACCAAACUUAAGCCUCUGUUCCUUGUGUUGUGACUGUCAUGUGGAAAUUGCCUGUGUAUUCAGUGACUUUACCUAAAUACACACGUCUUUACCCUGAUGCCCCUUGCUGCAUAGGGAGUAUGAGGCCGCUUACUGGUCUCAGAGUCUAUAUCCUAAGAUUCUUGAGAAAAGCAUAUUAAAAAGUCAAGUUCUAAUACAGACAUUGGCAAUAUUUAGCCCUCUGGGAAUACCUGUAGAAUAUAAUCUACCCAGGAAGUAUGUAAUCAUGAUGCUUAUCCUAGACCAAAAUCCUUUCCUCAGUCUCUGUAAGGAUAACCUAAGCUACUCAAAGGAGGAGCCAGCACAGAAUACACUGAACAGGAAAAGAACUCUGGUGACUGGCAUAGAAUGUUGAAACAGGGAGAAGAUUGUUUCCUAAGGUUUUUUUCUUUCCCCCUGUUGGAGUAGACAGCAAACUGAUUGGACGGGCAGAUUUGACAGGCUAAGAAAUGCAGCAUUAGACGGCACUGCGUGGUGGCCCCUAGGCGGUGAUUGCCUCGUACAACUUUUCUUCUAAUUGCUGGGUUCAGGGCUCUGCUAGUCCUUAGAACUCGACCCACUUGAAUGAUCAGGAUGAACAGACUGGCCCUCUGUUCUGUGAUUCUGCCCUAGCCUCGCUGGGUCCUCGAUCCUCUCACAAGAACUCGUACCUCUUAACUCACGGCCUUGAAGAUAGUCAAUGACUCCACCGGAGCAGCCAGCCACAGUCAUCCCGCUCCGGGCACAGUGCUGAGCUCUGCCAGUGUUAGUUAUCCUAUGUAAUCGCUUCCGUUUGAGUUGGGUCUGCCUCCUGCGAUCAGUGCCUACAAAGAGAAAUGUAAAUGAAAGCAUUUGAUAUGUUGAAGAUGUGUCUGCUUGUUUUAAAAUAAAGUUGAAAGUGUAGCACU